GCAACUCUUUUCGAAGGUGUAAUAUUGAGGUAAUAUAACAUAAGGCGUUCCUGCGUGUAAUUAAAAAUCUGGGACGAAUAGUGCGAGGGAAAUCGAUUUUUCCAUCUAUACCAACAACCCCUUCUAAAAGUAACCAGAUUUGUUGUGAAAACCAUAAAGUUAGUAUGCCUUUCUCACUGCAUCACUGUUGGGGUACAUCGAAAUUACUCUUAGCCUGCUAAGCAAAAAACUCACAACAAAUUAUUAAAUGAUGCCUGAAAAUUUAGAACUGCAUCAGUUUGUCGACGGUUUUCGUCAUGGCGAAGCUUCACACAGACUACUUACGCAUCUCAAAGCAACACUUAAUUGCCCUUAUUUGGGUAUUAUACUAGCUACUCUCUCCUCGCUUUUUUUCUCGCUAUGUUCGGCUAUAGUGAAGGGUCUCGUGGACGUAAAUCCAAUGGAGCUUGCUUCAUUUCGGUUUAUUGGUGUACUACUUCCCGCAAUACCCAUCGUUGUCUACAAUCGAUACCCGGUAUUUCCUGAAGGCAAACGUGUAAUAUUAUUGCUACGCUGCUUUAUGGGCACGACCGGAUUAAUGUUAAGUUUUUACGCUUUUCGUCAUAUGCCACUCGCCGAUGCUAGUGUUAUAAUCUUCUCGACGCCAGUAUUUGUUGCCAUUUUUGCGCGGGUAUUUCUCAAGGAGCAAUGCAACCUCUUCAACAUAGUGACUAUCUUACUUACUCUCGUUGGCGUAGUGCUAAUUACACGACCACCUUUUGUCUUUGGUGAUGCUGCCCCUUCAAUGGAGACUGAACGCUUUUCAGGGAAAACCUACGAUAUUUGGGGCCCAGUUGCUGCCAUAUCAUCCACACUAUUUGGUGCCAAUGUGUAUAUAUUGCUUAGAGCCCUUAAAGGGCUACAUUUCUCCGUCAUCAUGACAAAUUUUGGUGCUUUUGCCCUGGUGUAUACAUUUAUUGUGUGCGGAUCGAUUGGUGCUUUGUGCUGGCCAGCAUGUGGACGAGAUCGUUGGCUUGUGGUGGUUCUGGGCAUAUUUAGCUUUUUGGGUCAAAUAUUACUUACAUUGUCACUGCAAAUGGAGCAAGCUGGACCAGUGGCUAUUGCACGUUGUGCAGAUAUUGUAUUCGCAUUUAUAUGGGAAAUAAUGUUUUUUGGGGAAACUCCCACUGGAUUUUCACUUUUAGGCGCCUUGUUAGUAGUGAGUUCAGUAAUCUUGACAGCUCUUAAGAAAUGGGCUUUGUCGCUGCCACGGGAGUCCACAGCUAGAAAACGACUACGAUAUUUAUUACUAAAUUAAAAACAUAUAAUAACUUUCUUAAUAGAGCAUACAAGUAAUACGACGUUAAUAAUAGAAGCGCAUUGUGGUUUCUCUCAUAGGAUGAUAAUUAUAAUAUUGCAUCUUCGUAGUAAUUAAUAUAUUAAAAGUAAUUAUUAAGACACGAAUCAACUAAUAUGCGUUGGCAAAACCAAUGAAUCUACUCUUUAUAUUGUAAUUAAUUCAAAUGAGGCUGGCAUAUAAAUAAAUAUAAAAGUAAACAAUCUUUAAAUUAUAAAAAAAAAUAAUACGUAAUUACGUCAUGCACUGAAUACAACAUGACUAAAAGAAAUAUACCUACCAAUAAAUAAUUUUGCGUGAUGUGUUUUAUAUUGAUCCUGUUCAUUAACAAUAAAUUUUAUUUGUAUUGUUGCAGACAGCAUGAAGAUAA